AUGCCUACCAUGACUAUUCCCUCCGACGGUGUGCAGAUUCUGCUAGAGAGAUUUGGGAGGGAUGCGGUGAAUGCCUAUCUGGAAGCUAACUUCCCGCUAGAGACGAUUGAGAGCUUGAACGAAAGCAAUGCUCAUGAAUGGCUCAGAAACCCGUCUGAGCUUGAGGCUUGGGUUAUUGAAUGGAAAGGUCGUCGCUUGAUUGCUGGUCUUUCGGACGACGACUCGGGCAGUACAACGAACGCGCUCCCUCCGAUGGGAACUCUCAUUCCUCUUUUCAACCGAAGGACUGCCGCGACUAAUACUUUGGAAUCUCGUGCCCACCGACGUGGUUUGUCUUUCUUGAGGUCUAAGAGCGCACUUGGAAAAUGUCUUCUUCAUGGAAUUAGCUGCGGGGGCGAUGGAAGGAGACGAGAAUCGCCAAGGUUUCAUCCUUACAACCGUCCCCGGGCCAGGGGUCGACCUAUUUCGUGCUCUGGAUGUGCCCCCACUGCUGGUUCGCAAUCCUCUUCCUCGGUGUCGACUCGACAGAAGUACCAAGAGUAUGCUAUGGAUAAUGUCUCGAUCGGUGAACUACCUAGGGAUCGUGUUGCUGAAAGGGCCAUCAGUGGUCCGAGCAUCUCUAGGGACAACGCGAGCUCAGCGGACGAUAAAGAUUUGGCGGACACCGGCACAGGUUCUGACUUUGGAUCUUCGCCUGUUACCACGGCAGGUGACAACGCGGGCCCUCCUUCCGUCAGGACUAUUCGCCCGUUUACGAUCCCAAUCUGGUCAAUUCUCGAGGACAAUACGACCCAUCCAGCCUCAUUCCUGACUCAAUCCCCUGUGGCUUCUGCAUUGGAGAGACGGAGACUGGCGAGCCAAUUCCCUGUGGUCAAUUGA